UCGGAGAGGUAAUUGUUAUUUUGAUGUAUGCAUUUUACAUCGUGUGCAACAUCGGGCACGCAUGCGCAGUGGUCUUUCUCUUUGAACGUAAAAACUUCUUGUAGGAAAGUUUGAUUAGGUUGGUAAAAAAUGCCGAUUUUUCGCUAGAUUUUGUACUUUUAUUGUGUUUUCUUUGCUGCCAUUUUGUCAAUUAGCUUACAGAGUAUAUUUUUUUGUAGAAAAUGUCGAAAUCAGUACAAGUAUUCGGUCGUAAGGUCAGUGUUGAUGUGUAAGGUUUAGAGCACAAGAACACGUGUUGAAAUAAAAUAAUAAAUACAUUUAAAAUAGAAUUCGGAUAGUUAUUCACAGGAUUGUAGACCAAUGCAUUACACUUAAUGCCUGCACCACCAACUAUAGUCCAUUCUUCCUAAUAAUUGAGCCUUCAGAGCGAAUAGUGAGGCAAAUGAAGAAUUUUCUGGUUUGCCUCUUCAAAUUUCUGAGGUAAUUCUACAAUUUGUUGACAUUAUUCCUGUGGAUAGCUAGCACCGAAGCCUUUUUGGAAAUAUAUAUGCGGCAAACCAGUUCCAGUCCUCGCAAAUCGAAAAUGAUAUUAUCGACAUCAUAUUUUUGCCAAGUAAAGGGCUGUUUAUAUGGAGGCGAGCCAGCCUGAGUACAUGAGCUAACUCGCUUUGCCGACACCAAUUUUACUCUGUGUUUCUCGCCGCUAUAAAUAGUAUAAUAUAAAUAUAUUUUCUCACGAACCUGAAAUUUGCACUUUCGCGAGCAAUAUUCCAGGUUCGAACCCACAGAAUCGUUCACAGAGGCCUUUUAAGAUUUAAAUCUGUUGACAAAAUCUUAUUUUAAUACAACAGUGUAUUCGCAUAAACAGAGCAAUAACACUUAUCCCGCUUAGGUGAGCCAGCCCAAGUAACUGUGUUUAUAUGAAAAAUUCCCAUGGUCCGGUCAUCCAAGAUAUUGGAUCAGUGGAGGCAGGAUCUCACUUAGGCGAGCUCGGAUCCCGUAUAAAGACAAAAUGAAGUUUAGUAGGGGGGGGGGGUCUUUGAAAAAACCCUAACGCUCCGUCUUUACUUGUCCAAUCGGAAUGAAACUUGACAUAAUUAUUCUAAGCACGGUCUUAGCUAGGAUUUUAGAUCUUGGGCGUGUUUCUAAAUGACCUGGGUGUGCGUAUUUCUAGUUAUGCUCGCCAACAACAGACAAUGCCUGUGGUUGUUGUAGGCUUUGCAACCAAAUACAAGGCUAGGCUCACAUUGCGUACUGACAUUAAAAUAUUAAGUUUUUUCAGCAACUCUUGGGGGUAUUUAAAACCAUUUUAUAUAAUACCAUAUGGUUCCCAUUAUCCAUUAAAACAUCACAGAUCACUUUUUCCAAUUUCAUCAAUUACAGUAGAUUUUAGAAACUUUCUUACAGCGAAAAUGGGAAGAAAUGCUGUCUGUUGUAAGCAGUAACACCUUAUUUUAUGAACCUACACGGCCUUAUUUAAUUAAUUAAGCCGCGUUCAUUUUAUCUAGCCGUGUUUUUCUAUUUUUGGCCGCGAUAACAUGGCCAACACGGCCCUCUAGCUAAGACCCUGAUUCUAAGCAAUAUUCCGCAUCGAUUGACAGUCUUCGUUUUUUCAUUUUUGACUUUAGAAGCAAGAUUACUGUAUUCAUAGCAAAUAAUAUAUACAUAUCAUUAAUAUUCAGCAAAUAUAUAUGCAAAUGAUAAGAAAGACAUUGUCUUGUCUAUAAUUUGUUGUGAACACAAUCACAAUAGUCUUCAGCUUCUCAAGAAUGUGACUAAUUAAAACGAUUAAUUAUGAGUGUUAAGUUGACUAAAUUUAACACGCUGGCUUAGUUUCUCAAAGCGCAAAGGAGUAAUACUCCUAUCUGGCUAUCAUAUAAUAUUCAUAGUCAUAGAAAAUCGCGAACCGUGUGUGCUAAUAGAGUUGACCCAAGACUCAAUAAAUAUCUUAUAAUUUUCAAGGCCCCACUUAUUGCUAAAGCCUAAGGCUCUGAGCAACAACAAAAUGGUUGUCUGAAUGUCACACACGUGACGGGAGAAUCGCCCAAAAACAAAGACAUGUUAAUUUGUUUUUAGCACGAGCAUGCAUUUAUGAAGCCAUGACUAAGUGAGAUGAAACUGCAUUAACCUAGCAACAAUUCAGAUAAUUUGUUACCUUAACUUAAGCCCCAUUUACAUGGCGCAUACACGACUGCAUGUAGCUGCAAUAUUUUGCAAUGCCAAUGGCCCGCACAGCAUGGCAAAAUUUGAUGUACAGCAAAGGUUAAAUUGAGGCACGGCAUGUUUAUUCUAAAUAUUGUGGGACAUUUAACUUAUCUAUCGCAUUCAAAUGUGAGGAAAUACUUUUGAAAACUGCGCAUUUAGUUAUCUAUGCAGCUUUGUUCAGAUUUACACCUCAUUUAUACACGGCACUAUACUAUACUAUAGCCACAUUUUGCUGUGCCCGAAUAAUUAAAGCAAAACAUUUAGCGAACUCAGUCUACGCUGCCUGGUUAGUGUCUAGUUAUUUGUUUAUCAAGUCAAAAUCUCGAAGGUUUUGAACGUUUACCGUAACGAUUUAUACAACAGAUUGAAAAACUGGGUCACACAGUUCCUGGUCCACUAUAGUAUGAUCGUACUUGUUAAUUCAAUUGAUUCUUCUAAAAUAUAAUCUUGAUUAGUCUGUCUGUCCAGGUAGCGCCAACAAUCAGAAACAACCUGAUAAGUAAAAUUGUGACAAGUAAAGUUGUCUGGUGAUAGACAAAGGAAAAUAAUAAAAUCGGGGACAUUUGGGUGCAUGAUUUGGAACUUGGUGGAUUAACCCUUUAAGUGGCAAUGCGCCGUACUUUAUUGGGUUACUCUGUCUAACCUCAGAUGAUUUUACUCGUCAAGGGAAGAGUGCUGCCACUCAAUGGGUUAAUCAGACUAUUUGCCCAUGCACCCUGUUAACCCUUUAAGUGGCAAUGCACCCAGAUGCACCCUACUUUAUUAGUAGUGAUACACCGAUAUCCAUAUCGGUGCAUCGGUAUCAGCUUGUCUGUACUAAAAUAGAAAUAUCUGUAUUGGUAAUUUUGUUGUUGAUACUACUGAUAUCUAAGGAAACUAGUUAAACAAAUUCUUUACACCUAAAAAUUACGAAAAAUCAAAGUUUUGAUAAGUUUUGAUUUGAAAGUAUUGAAAAUCAAAAUCUAAAAGUGGAAACACUGUACAAUAUACUAGUUUGUUGCAUGCAUUUGCAGCAUUUCAUUUGAUAUUUUCAGUAUUUAGAAACAACUGAAUUAAAUUCAAAAGUAUUAAAGUAGAACUGUCAUGAUGUCGUCUUUGAAUUUUGUGAAAUGACAUAGAAUAUCGGUAUCAGCAAAAUAUUGGCCCUUCAAUAUCGGUUGUCGGAAUAUCUAUGAAUUUCCAUAUCGGUGCAUCACUACACUCAGAGUAACAUCACAAACAUCACUAUGUAUUAGUUUACUCUGUCUAAUGCCAGACAAUUUUAUUUGUCAGGGGGAGAGUGCUGCCACUCAAUGGGUUAACUAUUCUCACUGGCUGUUCUAUUUUUUACAUUUGUUUAGAAAACUGCAACAGCAGUGGCAUAUUGUAAGGAAGGUAAUGGAAUGGUGAGAGUGAAUGGUCAACCUCUUCAUCUUGUCCAGCCAGAAACAUUGAAGUUCAAGGUAAGCACUUCGUUUGGAGUACACACCAUGGCUGCAGAAACUAGAAAGCAAUGGAGUGUUGCCAGGGCUUGAAGUAGAGAAAAAAUAUGGCCUGGCAGUCUAAAAUAUUUUGGCAGGCGAAAUAAAUUUUAGCCUGCCAUUUUUAGUCAUUGAACUGCCAAAAUGGCAAUGUCUCAUAUGAGUCAUAUUGUAAAAAUCAAUGUUUUCAUAAUAUGCAUUUUUAUUGUUUUUAAAACUUGUCUAUUUUACUACAGUAAACUUGGUAUAAACGUAUUUAGUCAACUAAAUUGAUCUAGUACCGUAUAUAUGAGUUGUGGUAAGCAAAUGAAAUUAAAUAUAUCUAUAGAAUUUCACCUGCCUUUUUUUUACUUUGGCAGUUUAAAUUUGUUUUUGCCUGCCAUUUUUAAAAUAUGCCCUGCUUUUGGCCAUUGGCAACCCGCUAUUUCAAGCCCUGAGCAUUGCUACCUCCAAAGUCUAAAGGGCCAACUCCAAACCAAAAUAUGCACUUGAGUCCAGAUGAUCUUGAUAUGCGGAAAAGUACUGGCACUAGUUGUCAAAUAGAAAUCCAUUUUAUGAUUAAAACAACUGAAUAUCUCCUGUAAUAUACUUUAUUUCUAUUCCAUAUUUUUGUCAGAGCUAUACAGUAGUUCUCAUAAGCAAACAUAAUUACAAAAUUCCAACUAGUUUCAUAAAGAAUAACGAAAGAUAUAAUUGACUGAAUACAUCAAAAUGGAUUUCUAUUCGGACAACCCUUUCUGAGCGCUGAUUGGCUAAAAUACGAACACGAGAUCACCUGGAGUGUAAUGAGUAACUUGUGUAAUUCAAAACUGAGUUGAAAUAUGAAUUGUGGAGUUACUGGCUAACUCCAAAAAUCAUGGAGUUAGCACAACAGAAAUAAAAUCUACAGGUAUGGCACACACACACUUGGCAUGAUUUUUACAACAUUUUUAUCCUUUGUGGCACUUUCCAUUAACACAGCCAGAAAAGUCAAAUUGUUGAAUGAAACACAAAACGUUUGGGCUUUGGACCCUGUAUCUAACAGGAAAAUUUUGAUAAAAUUAGAAUGAGGUCCACUUUCACUAGAUAUUUUAGAAACAUAGACCAGAUCUGUCCAUUGAUACAGAGACAAAAAUCCAUGUCUGACCGGUCAGGCCAUUGAAUGGAAAGCGUCCUGUGAUGAGCAAAGCUCUGUAUAUUUUGGAAUCUUAAAUUAAUCAACUUUUUUUCACAUUUUUUCUUCACCACAUUUUGUAACUGCUGGAAACAGGGCUCAAAAUAGCAGGCUGCCAUUCUGCCAUUGGGCAAAAGCAGGCCAUAUUUUAGAAAUGGCAGGCAAAAACGAAUUUGAACUGUCAAAGUAAGAAAAUAGCAGGUGAAAUUCUAUAGAUAUACUGUAUUUCAUUUCAUUUGCUUACCACAACUCAUAUACACUAGAUCAUUUAUUUGACUAAAUGCGUUUAUAUUUGAAAUGUAAAUCCAAGUUUACUGUCGUAAAAUACCUAAAACAAUAAAAAUGCAUGUCAUGAAAACAUUGAUUUUUACAACAUGACUCAUAAGAGACAUUGCCAUUUUGGCAGUUCAAUGAAUAAAAAUGGCGGGCUAAAAUUUAUUUCACUUGCCAAAAGAUUUUUGACUGGCAGACCAUAUUUUUUUCUCUACUUCGAGCCCUGGCUGGAAAUAUGUUUUGGCCUUUUUUAGUCUUUAGAGGACUAUACAAGAAAAACUAUUAUACAUCUGUCUGAAAAGGCCCUUAGAAGGUGCUUUAACUGUGAAUUACAGUUACUGUAUUAAAGAUUGCUCCAAAUUCACUUGACACCAAACGUUAUAAUGUUCAAAUGUUCUUUUCUGUAGCUGGAAGAACCAAUUCUGUUGUUGGGUAAAGAAAAAUUUGAAGGUGUUGAUAUUCGAGUGCGAGUAAAAGGUGGUGGUCAUAUCUCGCAGGUCUAUGGUAAGAAAAUGUUCCUUUGCCAACUUGCGGGUUUUUAAUUAACGCUUCGCAAAUUGCAAAGCGAUUUCGAGUAUUGCGAAGAAAUUUUCUAAAAGUUGCGAAGCUCAACCUUGUAACAUUCUUGUUUAUCAUGACUGUGUCAGACUUGUUAGAAUAACCUUGUGACAAGUCUCAUAAUGCCAUCAAGCUUGUUACAAGUUGUUAACAAUACAUGCAGCUUGUUCCAAACUUGUCACAACAACUGGGAACAACUGGGAACAAGCAGUGCGAAGACAACUUGUUGACAGCUGGUGAACAGAUUUGUAACAACUUGUUUGCAGACUUGUAACAACUUGUGCGUUUUUACGUGUGUACACGAAAAAGAGACUCUAUAGUGAGCACUUUCCAGAACGGUGUAUCAAGCGGAGCCAGUACAUCAAAUUCACGAAACAAUGUUUUGAAAACAGUUUACUUUUUAAAGACCCAUCACAAUUUCACCACAAUACAUGUACUGUAUAUACUUUAAGUUUGAUGCAACAUUCAAAAUGAACGUAAACUUUAAAAUAUAUAAAAAUUCUGUCCUUUACAGAAAUAUGAAUGUCUUUGUACAAUCAGUUUGUGUUACAGUAUAUAAAUACAUGCAGUAUGUCGCUACAGGUAUUUACAUUGUGAAUAAAGUUGCAAUUAUUCCGUCUAGCAAAAGUGCAGGUGGUUGAUAUCCAGGACUUAGCAUCCACCUUUUUUCCAUUUCACUGGAAUGUCUCAGAAAUUUGUGCUAAGUCCUGCAUGCGAUGUGUUAGGUUGACAUAGCAACUGUCGACUUGCGAGUAGACGCAUGCGUGUACGCACAGAAAAACUUAUACUUAUGAUAACUAAUUGAAUAAAAGGAUAGAAUUUAGUUUUCUGUAUCAGUUAAUGUGUAUUUGUUGAGGUUUGAUAAAUACUUAUCACAUAUGUUGCUUUUUUUAAACAAACAUGCACGAUUUUUGGAAUUUUAAAUUUUGACACUGAAGAGUUUUUAGCCGAAUUUAGGGCUUCAAAAGUAAAAGAAGCGAGUGAAAACUGAGCUUAAUUAAUUUAGAACUCAUGUAAAUGACGUUUUUAGACAACUUCAUUUUCAUCCAGCGUGAAAUGACAGCAAUCAUUUUCUAAAUGCUGUAUAGCAAAGUCGCUGUAUGCUGCAUUUAGCUUUUUCUGUUGUUCUAAAAAUUCGGUGUCGGUGUCGUAGAAGGGUAAUUUUUUGAAGAAAAAAAAUGACAAAAAAAAUGAAAAAAAUGACAUUUUUUGAAGAAAAAAAAGUUGUCAAGAAUUUUCAGAAGCUAUUGCAAACAAUUCUGAACUAAAAUAUGAAGAUGUACUUUAUACGUAACAUGAGUCACGUAACAUGAGUCACAUGUAUUAUGAAGCAAUCCUUACUAUUGUAAUCCAAAAUAUAAAAAUAAAUUAAAUUUCUUUGUGUUGGUAGUUUGCCUAACAUACAGUCUGUUACUUGAUAGACAUUGUAUGUUUCUCCUUCCUAUAGUUCCCGAAGAAUUUCAAAAGUAGUUAGGUUGGUGUUACCUCAUGUCACUUUGUCGUAACAGGAGUCACACACCAAUUUGCGGCCACCAAUCUUAUCAUGUUACAAUCAAAUGUAUAAUUUUUACUGUGAAUCAGUACCUUACCAUUAUUAUUAUUAUUAAAACUUUAUUUAAAGAAGGUUAAUUUACAAGGAAAUAUGCCAGUUUAGCUUUCGCUAAUCUUCCACUGGACCUUCUAAAACCAUCUUUCAUCUUCUACCAUCAUUUGUACCUGCAUGCUAAAAUGUGACAUAAAAAAUAUAAUUUAGUUAUUACACCAGAUCAAAAUUCCUUUGAUAGUUUGAUUCAGAAUGAACAUGAGUCACCAUGGAAUUACCCAGAAGCUGUUUUUUGCGAUAAUUUGGACCUUGAAUAGUUCUCUUGAAAAGUUCAAAUUUGGAUGUUUUAGUUUAAAUUGAAUAUUAAAUAUGAUACGGAAGAAAAAAAAGAGAAAAAAACACUAAUGAAAAUACUUUUGUUAAAAAAAGUUAAAUCCCGCUCAAUAUCAUAUUCUAGAUAAGCUUUCAAAACGUUUCACAAACAGGAAUGAAUCCAGCAUGAUCUGGUAGGGGUGCCUGUUGCCGAGUUAUGUCGGUCAUGUGUGCCGCCCGCCCAUCAACUUGCUUGACUACUGCAAAGUCUUGCUUGACUACUGUAUUUGAAUUGAAUUGUAAUUGUUGUUCACAGUUCGCUUAUCAUCAUGUUAUUACUCAAAUUAUUGUAUCUCAUUUUGUCUCUAAUAUUUCUUUGCUUUAUCGUGAAAAAUAGUACCCCCCCCCCCUGCACCCUUCUGGCCAGGGCUAGGGGGUCCCUGUUCACAAAACACACCAUCAGAACGAUGUGAGAAUAAUAAAUUUAGGAUUGGAGUGUGAAAGUUAACGUUGAUCUUCUCACAACUGAUUAUUUUGCCGAUUAUCCUCAACAAUAUCGUGCAAUAAUCUGCCAAUUAUUUCAAAAUGCCGAAUUAAUCAAUUGUUUUCUGAUUAAUCGGCUGAUUUGUAAAAUUUGGGAUAAAAGACGGCUAUAAGUAGGUGCGUGUUGUUUUCAUUCAACUGAAAAAAUAUGUAUUGAUGAUGUUGAUCUUCUGUUUUCUAGCCAUCAGACAAGCUAUUGCCAAAUCCUUGGUUGCCUAUUACCAAAAAUGUAAGUCUUGUGGUGUACUACAGUUAUACAUGUUUAAAUUUGUUCAUUCAAAGUUCAGUCUCGAGGUAUAUCAUGGGGCUUCGGUGGCCCAAUCCUCAGAGCAAACGCCUUUUACCUCUAAGAAUUGUUUUCGAUUUUCACCGCGGAGUCGUCCAGGACGUGUGGGACUCGUCCAGGACGUCAAGCGAGGUGGGAGCGAAGAUUGAGAACCUGGGUACGAGGUUGAUUUUAACCCAAAGGCAGAUGGGGGUGAAAGCGAGAUUUGUUUAAAUGCUCUCCGUGUGCACUGAAUUGGAGCCUAAUGAAAGUCGCAUAUUAUACGACCCGAAAUUAAACGUAAAUUAAAGCUUGGUGUUUUCACCAUUAUAUACAGUACAGUAUGAAACGAAGGAGACGUUUACAAGACUACACUAUGCACAAAUGCUAAGCCGUAGAGAAAAACAGUAUUAUGAAUUCCCCUUUGCCAUAGAACAGGGCACGGCGUUGACGGUCUGCUACCUUUAGAUAAUAGAGGUUCAGAUUUGACUUCUACUACCACUGACUUUCACUGUCUUAAUACGCCUCGGAUUGGUUAAUCGGAUAUAUCAAACGCAUCUGAUUGGUUAAUGGUCCCUUGAUGGUAGCGGUAGUGGAAGUCAAAUCUGAACCUGUUAAAUCUUAAAGUGCUGUUACACUACGCAAUUUGUCUCGCGGUGUUAAGAAAAUCAAUUCAGAAUUUCACUGCAAGCGUUGUUACACCAAAGAAUAUGUUUCGUACAACUUACAAUGAUCUUGGUUAAAAGUAGCGUCAAAACCGCGAGUGCUUACGUUUGGCGCCAAUUGUCAGCCAAGAGCCAAUAGGAAGACAUUCAGUGAGUAAACAUUGCGAGACAAGUUGCAAGAGGGAUGUUACACUGUACAAUGCUUAACAAUGCGUUGCCGCAAUCCUUGCGAAAAGUAGAACCUGACUCUUAGACAACCCUCGAAUUUCGCCUCGGCACUCGGCAAUUGCCGACGCAAGUUAAGGCCCAUCUCCACGAUACGACUAGUCGCAUACGAUUUUUAUCCUGGCGUAUGUACUCGAAUAAAUACGUGUAAAGAUGUCACAUUUCAAACUUCGCCAUUUUAGCUGAUGAACAGGAAUAGUGGCGUCAGCAAUCGUUUCAUACGCCAGGACACAGAAUAGGAAGGUAUACCAGAAGUCUCACUCAAGCAAGUAUUUGUCUGCGUUUUUACAAGCGAUUCGUCAUCAAUCACGUCAUUCUGGCUAGUACAACCGGCACUUUGUACCUACCAAAACUUGAUAAAAACUUCCGGCUGUACUAGCUAGGAUGGCGUGGAUUGGCGUUAGCGAGUUAAAAUUUUCGUGGACGUAAAACAACAAAGGCACUGAUUCAAGUUACACUUCUGCUAUACUUUCCUAUCUUGUGACCAGGAUAAGAUUCGUAUACUACUAGUCGUAUCGUGUAGAUGGGCCUUUAUGAUGCAGAGAUAAUUCCACUUGUUAUACCUUAAAUUUACAAACUACAGCGUCUGUUCGUUUUUUUCGUUCUCUGAACCACUUUCAUAACUUGAAAUUCGAAUCUGUAGGUUAAAAUUAGCACGGCCUAUAGCUACAAUGUUAGAAAGAAAAGGCCAGAAAAAAAUUCUCAUUUCGGUGAAUUCAUCACUUCAAAUUCAGCAUGUCGCUGGAUUACAUCAACAUUCGAUGUUAUAUCGUAUCAUUUACGCUCGUUAUAAUAUUCGUUUACAAUAACUUUCGUAUGUACUUUACUUUACCUUACCUUAUACCUUACCUUACCUUACCUUACCUUACCUUACCUUAAUUACAACUGCCGACGUGAAUGCCGAAGGAAUUUAAGGUGAUUUAUUGUGCGCCUCGGCAAAAAAAUAGUUUAACUCGUAAAUAGCAUGUAGUUGAAUUACGACGGUUGUUCUACUUUGUGCACUGCUUGUUGCAACAAAAAUGUUUGGAGACUUAUUAAGUAUUGCGAGGCAUGUUAACUUGUGUCGCAGCAAAAUUGCGAGACAAGUUCGCAGUGUAACAGCGCCUUUAAUUAACCUCUCUAAUUUCUAUUUCCCUAACUCAUUACCAGAUGUGGAUGAGGCGUCAAAGAAGGAAAUCAAGGAUAUCCUAACCCAAUACGAUCGAUCGCUCUUGGUCGCUGAUCCCAGACGUAGUGAAGCGAAGAAGUUUGGUGGUCCAGGACCCCGAGCUCGCUACCAGAAGUCAUACCGUUAAUACUACUGUAUGUAUUCUCCAAUGCAGUUAUACUAAUAAAUGAUAUUACUUGAUUUUGUCUUGUCGCUAUUUAGGGGCAUGAACCCGCUUUACCGGUGGGAUUGAAU